AUGGGGUACGCUGAUGCGGACUUUGUGAGCAAGGCAGCAGACCGUAGGUCGGUAUCAGGGGGGAUCGUGACAUGUGGAGGAGGCGCUGUGUCUUGGUUUUCCAGAACGCAGAUGUGUGUCACGCUUUCGACCACCGAAGCAGAGUACGUCGCGCUAGGUGACGUAGUGAAGGAGAUUUUGAGGCAGAUUUGGCGUUUCAUGUUGCCGCAGGUCGGCAUGCCGCGCAUCCCCAUCUUCGAGGACAACCAGGGGGCGAUUCAACUAGCGCGGAACCCCAUCUCAAACUCGAACUCGAAGCACAUAGAUGUAAGGCACCAUUUUCUCAGGGAACUGGUAGAGCGGAAGGAAAUUUCGGUGAUCCACGUGCCGUCGCCGUACCAGCGUGCAGACUUUCAUACCAAGAGUUUGUCGAAGGAUGCUUUCGAGUCUCACCGUGAUUUUGUGUUGAAUUUGGCAUGA